CUUUAAGCAAAUCUGACACAGCUGCCAACCAGUUCGCAAAUAUAUUUCAAAACAGUACACUAGGCAUUAAUUUCGACACAUCUUACAACCUAAACUACUCAACAUGCUUAACUUAGCAGGACUACAGACGUCUACCAAUAGGAUUAUGGAACCGAAUUUCCCAUUCUAUGCAAACGUAUCCCCGGAGUUUUGGGAAAUUUAUUGCAAAAUCAGGUUCUCGAACUUCUCGAAUUUGGUAUUACGUAAUGUAGUACGGUACACACUAGGACACUUUCCGUGUGAGAUACGAAAUGUUUCAAGUGACAAUAGAAGAAAGAUCUGACAAUGUAAGCUGACAGUGAGUGAAAAUGAACCGAUACAAACUGAGACAUUAUAAACACAAAGAUGGCCUGCCCUGGAGAAACCAUUCCUGGAAUGUAUUUGGAUACGUGGAGGAGCACCAGGAAAUGUGGCUCACAACUAGUGAAGCAAGCACACUGGGUGCAGAAGAGGUAGCAGCCCGUCUCCGUGCGGAUCUGCGGAUAGGGCUUCGAUGGAGGGAAGCAGAACUGCGGAGGCAGUUGGCUGGAUAUAAUGAACUUACUGUUAGAGAGGAAGAGCCAACAUGGAAGAAAUAUAUAGAACAAUUCCGAAAUCCCCUGAUCAUGCUGCUUUUAGCUUCAGCACUUGUGAGCGUGUGCAUGAGACAGUUCGAUGAUGCAGUCAGCAUAACUGUGGCCAUUAUCAUCGUUGUAACUGUCGCAUUUGUUCAAGAAUACAGAUCAGAAAAGUCAUUAGAAGAACUUACAAAGCUUGUCCCACCUACUUGUCAUUGUUUACGUGAAGGUCAGCUGGAAACAUUUCUUGCGCGUAAUCUGGUUCCUGGUGAUGUUGUGCACAUUAAUGUAGGUGACAGGGUGCCUGCGGACAUCCGAUUGUUUGAGGCAAUUGAUUUAGCCAUAGAUGAGAGUAGCUUCACAGGAGAAACUGAGCCAGCAGCAAAGAUGACAACUCCAGUGCUGAAAACAAACGGUCAUACAUCCAAGAAGAAUAUUGCAUUCAUGGGCACCCUUGUCCGAUGUGGUAACGGCAAGGGGAUUGUAGUAAACACAGGAGAAAAAUCUGAAUUUGGUGAAGUUUUCAAGAUGAUGCAAGCUGAAGAGGCUCCAAAAACCCCACUUCAAAAGAGCAUGGAUAUUUUGGGAACCCAGUUGUCUUUCUAUUCAUUCUGCAUAAUUGGUCUCAUUAUGGUCCUCGGAUGGAUUCAGGGGCGACCCAUUCUGGAUAUGUUCACUAUUGGCGUCAGUUUGGCAGUAGCAGCAAUUCCUGAGGGCCUCCCAAUUGUUGUGACAGUCACAUUGGCUCUGGGAGUCAUGAGGAUGGCAAAACGCAACGCCAUUGUGAAGAAACUGCCCACAGUGGAAACUCUCGGUUGUGUAAAUGUUAUUUGUUCAGACAAAACUGGAACCAUUACAAAAAAUGAAAUGACAGUCACUGUUAUUGUAACAUCUGAUGGUUAUCUGGCCGAGGUUUCUGGUGCAGGUUACAAUGACCAAGGAGAGAUCCACAUCCAUAAAUGUGACAGUUUUGAGAGAGCUCGAGAAUCUAUAUAUACACUUCUGGAGGUUGGUUGUGUGUGUAAUAAUGCAGUGAUAAAUUCUGACACUCUUCUUGGACAACCCACUGAAGGGGCUCUUCUUGCUGCUGGCAUGAAGCAUGGAAUGUAUGCUGUGGCAGACAAAUAUGUUCGACUUCAAGAAUACCCUUUCAGUUCAGAACAGAAAAUGAUGGCUGUGAAAUGUGUUCCGAAGUAUGGAGAUAGUAAAGAAGAACUUUAUUUUGUAAAAGGUGCUCUGGAAAAAGUGCUACAACAGUGUACAAAAUAUGCAGCAAAUGGAGUUCAUCACCCCCUGAACACGAAGAAAGAACAAGAUUACCUUGCUGAAGCAUAUGAAAUUGGAAGGAAAGGACUUAGGGUUGUUGGUAUGGCACGAGGAUCUUCACUGCAGGACUUGGUGUAUGUGGGUUUGGUUGGAAUCUGUGAUCCACCUCGUCCAUUUGUCCGCGAGAGCAUUCAAACCCUCCUGCAGUCUGGCGUGAAGGUUAAACUUGUCACUGGUGAUGCACAGGAGACAGCAACAGCCAUUGCGUCUAUGAUUGGACUUGAUACAAUUCACUCACAAGUUCUCUCUGGAGACCAGAUCGAAACAAUGCCCGAGCACCAGCUGGAGCAGGCGGUGGGCAGUGUGAGUGUGUUCUAUCGAGUCACACCGAGGCACAAGCUGUGCAUUGUCAAGGCUUUACAGCGAAAUGGAAUCAUUGUGGGAAUGACAGGCGAUGGUGUCAAUGAUGGUGUAGCUCUCAAGAAAGCCGAUAUUGGUAUUGCUAUGGGUAAGAAUGGAACAGAUGUAUGCAAGGAAGCAGCGGAUAUGAUCCUGGUGGAUGACGAUUUCCACACAAUCAUUUCUGCAAUUGAAGAAGGCAAAGGAAUCUUCUAUAACAUUCGCAACUUUGUAAGAUUCCAACUCAGCACUAGUAUUGCAGCGCUGUCACUUAUUGCCCUAGCGACACUUAUGGGCAUCCCAAACCCUCUGAAUGCCAUGCAAAUUCUCUGGAUCAACAUCAUCAUGGAUGGGCCUCCAGCUCAGAGUCUUGGUGUUGAACCAGUGGACAAGGAUGUUGUAAAACAGAAACCUAGGGAUGUGAAGGAGCCAAUGAUCACUCGCUCACUUAUUGUUAAUGUCUUACUUUCUGCUUUUAUCAUCAUUGCUGGAACCCUCUGGGUAUUCAAGAAGGAGAUGAGUGACAAUAUAAUAACUCCCAGGGAUACCACUAUGACAUUUACUUGCUUUGUGUUUUUCGACAUGUUCAAUGCUCUCAGUUGCCGAUCACAGACCAAAUCCAUCUUCACGAUUGGCUUGUGCAGUAACCGCAUGUUCCUGCUGGCGGUCACUCUGUCUGUGGUUGGUCAGCUGCUGGUCAUCUACUUCCCUCCACUGCAGAUGGUGUUCCAGACAGAAGCUCUCAUGCUUACAGAUAUCUUGUUCCUGGUGAGCCUGACAUCUACUGUGUUCAUCAUCUCAGAAGUGAAGAAGCUGCUCGAGAGACAUCUUGAGAAGCGCCACAAAUCCAUAAAGUCAGAUCUUGACUUCGUAUGACAGUUAAGAAAAACCAGGAGUAAGGCCUGUGUUGACUAAGAUUUAUCUGUUAACAAUAGAGAUUAUUUCUUAAUGAAAAAGUCUAUCCUGAAUAUGGGGAAAGGUCUCUUCUGGUACAAUAAAUAACUAUACCAAACUUGGCAGCAUUUCUUAAUGAAAAACAAGGUACUUUCUAGUGAAACAUUUAUUUCUGCAUUGUGUGCAAAGCCUUGCAUCAUAAUUAUGAUGUCUUACAAACCGUGUCCAAAUAGACUGAAAUUAUUUAAUUAUUGACUACACUAACUGAUAGCAGAGGCUUAUGUUAGACUCUCAUAGGCCUAAUCACAUUGUUUGUAAUGUAAUGUUGUUCACUUCCUUCUCCAGUCUCUUAGUAGAUGAUCAUGACAAGGAAAAAACUCUCAACAGGCUUACACAAAUGCAUUGAUAUCUGUUUUACUGACAUACUGUCUGUAUUCAAUAUAAGGUGUAACAUGUCUUAAAUAUUACUGAAGGAAAAUGCAAUGGAGGAUCUGUGAUAUAAGUAUUGCAAGCAACGUGUUGAUAAUUCUCAAGUACAGUAGUAAAUGUGCAUACUACUCGUAGAAAUUUAUGUGGUGAAGCUGACUGUAAAUGUCAGCAUUCAUACUAAUGUGAUGCUGUGAAUUAUGGGUUUAUACAAGUGUGAAUUGUUUCCGGACCGUAUGGAAAUAGGCUAUAUAGCCAUGUGGGCGUUAAAGUGGAAAUUACAGAAUAGUAUAACAGAAUGAAUAUAGUUAGAUACUGGAAUUUUAAUUGACAAAUACAACAAGAAAAAUUGAAAAGGACAAAUGUAAAUAGGUUUAGUUACUGUGUGUAUUGCUUAACUCUUAAAAUAUCAUAUUUGUAGAUUCUUUCAAGGAUGAUAAAAUGUUUCAUGUUGUUGACAGAUAGUUAACUGAAACAAAGAUAAUUCAUAGGUAGCAUUUUUCUGAACUGACUAUAGAUUUUUUGUUGUUGUUUAUGUUGGUUUAGGUACGUAGAUGCAACCAGACAGGAAAUUUUUACCACCAAACAGUUCUGAUGUAGAUCUCAGAAUCCUUUUCUCUUGGUACAUGAUGCAAUUCUCAUUAUACAUAAGGUACAGUUUCAAGUUGGUUAUGUUUCAUGUGCACUCUGAUGAUAUUAGAGCCGUUAGUGAACACUCUAGUGCCACUUUGGAUGUUCAUAGAAAUUCUUAGUACUGUUUGAAUAUUGUUAACUGUUACAGUCUUUUGAGUUUAAAGAGGUGUAUUAGACGUGUUUGAACAUGGAGCUUCUGGCCUCAUCAGUCAAUAUUUUGAAGUAGUUUGUUCACAGAGAACAUCUGCUUUUUCAGUGGGUAUUAUCUGUUGUGGAUAGAUAAAAUAUAUUAUAGUAAUUUUUAACUGUUAAUGCAAUUAUUGAUGUUAAUCAGAUAUAAGAGGGUUGUACUUAUGUGAUCUGGAUGUUUAAAAAUUUGCUUAGAUACUCUUCCCAUAACUAAACUUGCACAGUUGGUGUAGAAUUAUUGAAUUACAAGAAUUUUUAGAAAUGAGCUUUAAAGGACCAAGUUUGAUGUCAGAAAUUUGAAGAACAAAACUUUCAGACCAUGUUGUCGAGGCAUUCUUGAGCCAUGUUACAGUAGUUUCCUAUAUAUAAAAUUAAUACAUUCACACAGUUUCAUUGUUUUCUCUUGUGACACAAUUGCUAUUAUUGUGAUAGCAUUGUAUUUCUUACCAUAAUGCACCAAUGUUUGUUAACUUCAUGAUAAAAUGUAGUUACAGUGAUGAUUUCAAAGUAAUGUUAAGCUAAUGCCUUAUGAAGUGGAGGUUACUUCUUGUCACACCAGCAUUUGUAUCACUUAGCAUAUUGAAGGAUUCUUUGAAACGUGGGUAAAGUAUGUGUAAUAAUUUUUAAUUUUUCCGUGAACUCAUUCAUGUGUUCUGAUCAGAAUUCUAAGUACAUUGUAUCACAUAGUUGUGUAAUAUUAUAAACUCAUAUCUGCUUGUUUCAUAUACACAAUUUUAAGAUUUAUUUCUGUGCAUCUAAAAUUAGAGGUAAAGGACCAUACAGCCAUGCUCAGAUACGUAGUUGUCAUACAGCACUUUGUGAGUACACAUAGCAGUUCCAUGAUGAGCACAGUACAGAAUGGGAUGGAGCUGCUGUACUGAAGUAACAGUUUGAUUUAGAAUAUUGUGCUGUGAAUUUUAUUAUGUUAGAGUUAUGUAAGGUGAUGAUAAUCGUAUUAUCAACAUAAGGUUAUGUGUAUUGGAUUUGAGGUUCCACAUCAGUAACUAUGAAGAUUAUGGUCUUCUAGGUUGUAACAUCACAUAGUUCAGAUAGGAAAGCACAACAUUUUGAAGGAACAUAUUGCCUCCUUCUUCAGGGUUGAAGAGUAAUCCACGACAAGCUUGCCGUCUGCUUCUGCUGGUUUGUUGCUGUCUUACUGUUCGACCCUAAGAGAGAGGAAAUAUAUUCCUCUGAAACAUUGAACUGUCACCGAAUUACACAGGAUUACAACCCAGAAGUUGAACUAUUCAUAAUUUUGCAAACUUUUAUAAGUGUUCGUAUAACAGUCAAGCUACACACUUGAAAAAAGUGCAGUAUGUCAGAAGUAUUCAAGGAGGAUGAGAUGGGCAGGGCAUGAAGCAUGAAUGUAGGAGAAAAGGCAUGCAUAUAGGAUAUUGGGAAAGCCAGAAAGGAAGAGACCACUAGGAAGACCAAGAUGUAGGUGUGUAGGCAAUAUUAAAAUGGAUCAAAGAGAUAUAUGAUAUUUACAGUACAAUAUGAGAAUAUGUUUUGUGUUCAGAGGCAUAACUUUUUGCCUUGGCAUGGUUUCUUCCUUUUGGAAUAUGGUUUGCGUUUUAUUUAGUGUGUAUAGACAUAAGCUUCAGGGAGACUGUAAACAAAUGAAACCACAUUUUUAUGAAGGGCUAAACAUUAGACAAGCUCUUGAAGUUAACUGCAAAGUGUGAACUUCUUAUCUCUCUGCCUCUAAUUGCUUGAAGACUUCUUCAGAUGGCACUCAGUUUGCCCUUGCAGCUACAUUUAAAUGGUAGCAAGACCCUGCUGUUGCAGGGUUAUCUUAGUUUUAGAAUUUCUUCUUUAUAUGAAUAAAUAAAAUGCAGGGAAAGACCACAGCGGAGUCUAAGGCUGCCAAGACAACAUAUUAGCACAGCAUCUCAGAUAUUUCCAGUUGAACAGGGUGACCAGCCAUGUCUCAGUGUUAGUCACUAGUGGCUUAUUGAGUGGGCUUGUCAUUUUUAAUUGCCUAAUGUGAAUGCUGUACAAAGUUCCAUAUAUGUUAUGAUAACAUAUCGCGUGUUUUUCUGUAUUCAUUUAUUUUAAUUCUGGUAAUGUGUGUUGUUUGCAGUAAACGUUGCAAGCAGUUUCCUUAAAGUUGGAGACUUGGAUCAUUAUAUAUUGUUUUCUUCACUGAAACAAUUUUUUUGGAUUACAUGGAUGAUGUGUGCAUGAUGAGAGUCAAGGAUAAAGUGGGAAUUUUGUGAGAUAAGAGAUUCUCACAGCUGUCAUUACUAUGAAGAUGCAAUGCCAUGUAACCUGUUACACUGUUAUCAUUCUUUCAGAGGAAUGUGCUGCCACCAUCUUCAGGGUGGACGAUAGUUGCAGUAUGUUCUUCUGAAAUGCCAUUAAGUUACAUACCCCCAGCAGAGGGUGAGGUUCAUAGUGGGGAUUUUGUUUAUUUAUAGACCUGUUAAUGCUCUUCUUAGAAAAUGAAGUGAAAUUGAGGAAACUAAUCUUUCACCAAGUGCUUUGCAAAACAGAUCCACAGAAAAGUGUGCACUAGCACCAUCUGGUGGGAAGUUUCAUCCUGAUUCAGUUAUGCAAUGUGGGAAUAAAGAGUGAGAUUUCUGAAUUGUUUGGUAUUGAUCAUAUUUCCAAAACAAUGUUGCUCAUGCACACAUCUUUGUUGAUGUUGAUGGCCUUCCAGAUAUUGGCUUGUCCUCAACUGUUCUAUCUUCAGGCAACUUACCGAUCAACCAUCAGACAUUGUUAUGAUGUAGCGUCUUAAUGGCAAGAAUCAUUUUCCUCCAAAUAUUUGCUGCAUAUCCACCGUGUAAUUGGCUUCACAUGUAAACUCAAAAAUGCCCAAACUUUUAGGUGCAGAACCUUUUUCACCUAUGAAUUGUCAGCAAAUGGGAACAGAACUAAUUUCUCAAGCAUGACACAGUGUAAUAAGGAUUUACUUAUUGCAACACAUACUGCAAACAUAAUAAUGUUAUCAAACUGUACUGCAAAGUAAAGUAAUUAUAUUUGCAUUACUGAGUUUAGGCUUCAUGGUGGUUGAUGUUAAUUCAGUUCUUGGGUGGCUAUACUGAAUGUGAGCAGUAUUGCCAACAUUUGGAGGUUCAUUUUGUCUCCAUCUGUAGGGUCAAAAUGUGUAGGUUGGGUGGGCCUCUGUGAAUAUAUAGGUUUAUAGACAUAAGCACACACACACACACACACACACCAUACACACUUUGAUCCUGAAGAUGGAGGGUGUACAUGUAUAUAUAUGUAUGAAUUUUGUAUCACCCAUUUCCAUUAGCCUUCAACUUAUGUGAGAUCUUGUACUUCACUAAGAAUGAGAACUCUGAAGAAGGCACCAACUUCAUUAGCUGUAUAAGUCUGGUCCUUUACCGGAAAGAAACUUCACUUCAGCAGCCUUCAUCUCUAUGUAGUGUGCUGGGAAUGCUGUGUUUUAAUGUUCAGAAAAGAAAAAAGAAACAUAUGUACAGGUACUGGUUUUGCAGAUUGUGUAGUUUCAUCAGAAUAAGCAGAAUCCUCUCUCAUUCAGGGUGGCGGGAGAAUAAAUCUGUGAAGACCGUUUUUUGGAGAUUGUCCAUCAUCACAGGUUUUUAAGAACCUAUCCAUUUCAGAAGUUUCUUUUACUUCCAUGUCAAGUAAGAGCAUGAUUUUAGAGUAGCUCCUUUUGUGACUCCAUAGAAUAGGUUUCUGUUUACAUGGCAAUUUAAGUGUGAGCCAAUUUCCAAAAUGUGGUUAAAAAAUAUGACGGAGAAAGUAAAAAAAAAAAAA